GGGCCGCAAUUGGCCCGCAGGCCGCGAGUUUGACACCCAUGAUUUAAAGUGUUCUGUGGCUAUAACGGUUUUAUUUUUUUAACGUUUUCAACGGAAAUCCAACCGUACGUUAGCAAGCUUGACGCUGGUCCGCUAACUUCUGUGUGGUCAGCCAACCGAAGCAUGGGGUCCUCUGACUCUCCGCUUUUUAAUCGCUAACAUUAAAUGACCAAAAUGCAGUGUAGAUCGUGUUGAUACAUUUGGUCGAGAGUCGCUGUUUUAUUUUAUUUGACUGUGUGUUUUUUUUUUAAAGCGGAAAUACUAGCCUGUGCGUAACAGCGAACUCUUCUCUGUCUCCCUCAUCUCUCGGCCAGCGUCCUGUGAGCGCAGCUAGCUAUGAUGUGAUUAUGAAGAACAGCCGUCGAGGGAAGUUAUAAUUGGCAUUAUCAUAGCUGAAUGGCAACAAUAGCAACCUGUCUGCCUUCAUUUAACGCCUGCAUGCUGUUAUUUCGAUAGCCAUUUGAGCUCCGCGUCCGGGAGGAACCGCUACAUAGUCUUGGCGGAAAUAACCGAAGAGACCACAUCCACAGCGCUGUUAGUUCACGUCCCGAAAAGAUGUCUUUCUUCAAUUUGCGAAGGAUAUUCAAGUUGGGGCCCGAUAAGAAGAAGAAGCAGUAUGAACAUGUGCACAGAGAUGUCAACCCAGAGGAUAUAUGGGAGGUCAUUGGGGAGCUGGGAGAUGGAGCGUUUGGGAAAGUGUACAAGGCUCAGAACAAGCAGAAUGGGACCCUCGCUGCUGCCAAGGUUAUUGACACAAAGACAGAGGAUGAAUUGGAGGAUUACAUGGUCGAGAUUGACAUUCUGGCCUCCUGCAACCACCACCACAUUGUCAAACUGCUGGAUGCUUUCUAUUUUGAAGGCAAACUUUGGAUUCUGAUUGAGUUCUGUGCGGGUGGUGCAGUGGAUGCCAUCAUGCUGGAACUGGAGAGACCCCUGACAGAGCCCCAGAUCCGUGUGGUGUGUCGGCAGACCUUAGAGGCUUUGUUAUACCUCCACGAGAACAAAGUCAUCCACAGAGACUUGAAAGCCGGAAAUAUUCUCCUCUCACUGGAUGGAGAAGUUAAACUGGCUGACUUCGGGGUGUCCGCUAAAAAUACCAAGACGUUACAGAGAAGAGAUUCUUUCAUUGGCACUCCGUAUUGGAUGGCCCCAGAGGUGGUAAUGUGCGAAACUUCCAAGGACCGUCCGUACGACUACAAGGCCGACAUCUGGUCCCUCGGGGUAACCCUGAUAGAGCUGGCGCAGGUUGAGCCACCCAACCACGAGAUGAAUCCCAUGAGAGUGCUGCUGAAAAUAGCCAAGUCCGAGCCGCCCACACUCAUGCAUCCCUCUCGCUGGUCGCCAGAAUUUAACGACUUUCUGCGGAAAGCACUUGAUAAGAAUGUGGACAAUAGGUGGAGCACACUACAGCUUCUACAGCAUCCUUUUGUCACUAGUGUAACUAAUAGCAGACCUCUCAGAGAACUCAUAGCCGAGGCCAAGGCCGAAGUCACAGAGGAGCUUGAGGAUAGCAAAGAGGAGGAGGAGGAGGAAGAUGCUGACACACCUCAGGCGCCUCCUGGGCACAAGCGAGCACCAUCAGAUGCCAGUGUGGCCAGCUCCGAGGACGACAAAGUCCCACCAACUCCAUCCACGCUGGAAUCUGUUACAGAAAAGAAGGAGGCAGAGCCUGCUGAGGACCGGACCAGUGAUAAGCUCUCUGAUGAAGGACUUGGAACAAGUGAGGUAGAUAAGACUGAGGAGGAGAAACUCAAUGAGGUGUCUGAUGCCAGUUAUGAAGACCUGGCUACUGGGCUAAUAGAACCCACCAAGGACUUAAUCUCACAAGCUCCUACAGAGCCUAUUAAACCUGAAGAUGAUCAAGCUGAAGAGAUUCCUGUUGAGCCUGUAGUAUCACAGCCAGAACAACCUUUAGAUCAAGCGGAUACGCAAGAACUUGUCACAGAUGGUCAAGAAACCGAAGAGGAACAGAAGGAGACACAAGAAGAGAAAAAGGAGGACGAACCAACCCAAGUAGAAGAAGAAAAACCAGAGCCAGAGGAGGUGAAAGAAAUAGAAGAAAAAGAAGCUGUUACAGAUGAAUCCAGAGAAUCACAAGAGCAACCUGAAGAUACAGCAGAAAAAACAAAAUCCAUAUCAGGAGAAGCGACACCGGCAGAAAAAGAAGGCAAAGAGCCAGAGGAGGAGACGCCUCAACAUGAAGUGACAGAGGACAGAACAGAAGACACAGCUAAUGGCACAGAUGUAAAUAUACACACAGAGAAUAUAGAAUCCAAUGUAGAGGACACAAAUGUAAAUGGAGACGCAAAGUCUGGUGUGGAUGAGUCCUCCGCUGAGGUUUUAUUAGAGAAGGACUCCACAGAGAGUCAGCCAGAGGAAAAGCCUGAAGAUAAAGCUCCUGAGGGGGCAGAGCAGCCUGAACAAGAGAAUCAGACCAGACAGGAGGUUGAUCUGGAGGAAAAGGCCCCAACUGAAUCCACAAACGGAGUCAGUGAUGAAGCCAAAGGCACCUCUGACGAUACAGAACAAGUGGUUCCAUGCAAAGACGUCCCUGCGAAGGAAGAGGAGGAGAAAGCUGCUCGUGCAGAUGAAAGCACUUCCCAAGAUGCCGUCUCUGUCCCGGAGAGUGAAACAGAUUCAGAGAGCAAGAUGGAGCAUGGAAGCCCUGCUGUGAUCAAGUCAGAUUUGGAGAAGGACUCAGACUCUGGAAGCAGCUCUGCGGCUGAUACCAACAGCCUUGACCUCAAUCUGUCUAUCUCCAGCUUCCUGUCCAAGAGCAAAGAAGGGGGCUCUGUGUCUAUGCAGGAGUCUAGACGGCAGAAGAAGACCCUGAAGAAGACGCGUAAGUUCAUGGUGGACGGCGUGGAGGUCAGCGUGACAACAUCAAAGAUAGUGACAGAUAACGACACCAAGAGCGAAGAGAUGAGGUUCCUGAGGCGGCAGGAGUUGAGAGAGCUGCGCCUCCUGCAGAAAGAAGAGCAAAGGGCCCAGCAGCAGCUGAGCAACAAGCUGCAGCAGCAGAGAGAGCAGAUCUACCGGCGCUUUGAACAGGAAACGACUGCUAAGAAGCGUCAAUACGACCAGGAGGUGGAGAACCUUGAGAAGAAGCAGAAGCAGACCAUCGAGCGACUGGAACAGGAUCACACCAGCCGGCUCCGAGACGAAGCCAAACGCAUCAAAGCAGAUCAAGACAAGGAGCUGUCCAAGUUCCAAAACAUGCUGAAGAACCGGAAGAAAGAGGCCAAACAGGAAGUUGGACAGUCACCCAAACAUAUGAGAAAAGAGCUCAUGAAACGCAUAAAGGAGGACCUAUCGCUCCUUAAGACCGCAGAGGCAGUGGCCCAGGUUAUGAUACAGUCUUUUCAGUUGUCCUCAUGCGCACUCUUCAACGCUCAGAUGCAGGAUGAGCAGGAGUUCCUACAGAAGCAGCAGCAGGAGCUGGACGGAGCUCUGAAGAAAAUCAUCCAGCAGCACAAACUGGAGAUCACCACUAUCGAGAGAGACUGCCUGAACCACAAGCAGCAGCUGAUGAGAGCUCGAGAGGCGGCCAUGUGGGAGUUGGAAGAACGCCACCUGCAGGAGAAGCACCAGCAGCUGAAGCAGCAGCUUAAAGACCAGUACUUCCUGCAGAGACACCAGCUGCUGAAGAGGCAUGAAAAAGAGAUGGAGCAGAUGCAUCGCUACAACCAGCGUUUGAUUGAAGAGAUGAAGAACAAACAGACUCAGGAGAGGGUUCGUCUGCCCAAGAUUCAGCGCAGCGAGGCCAAAACCCGCAUGGCAAUGUUCAAGAAGAGCCUCCGCAUCACCGCCACUGCAGCUGUCACGCCGGAGCAGGAGAGAGAGCGGAUAAAACAGUUUGCUUCUCAAGAGGACAAGAGGCAGAAGAACGAGAGGCUUCAUCAACACCAGAAGCACGAGAACCAGAUGAGAGAUCUCCAGCUGCAGUGUGACUCAAACAUCAGGGAGCUGCAGCAGCUACAGAACGAGAAAUGCCACCUUCUGAUUGAACAUGAGACCCAAAAGCUGAAGGAGCUGGACGAGGAGCACAGCCAGGAGAUAAAGGAGUGGAGAGAGAAGCUGAGACCCAGGAAGAAGGCGUUAGAGGAGGAGUUCACACGAAAGCUCCAGGAGCAGGAGGUCUUCUUCAAAAUGAGCGGCGAAUCCGAAUGCCUUAACCCCACCACCCAGAGUCGGGUAUCCAAAUUCUACCCAAUCCCAAACCUGCACAACUCUGGUUUAUAGCCUCGUCUGGUCCUUCUGUGCUACAACACAGACUCCGCCCAAACCCGGCUGCGCUCACAGACUCUUCCUGGUGGAGCGACGUCAUUCCUCCGACCGUCACUGAUAAAAACGUCUUCACCGCUUUGAUUCCACCACUAGUGAGCAUGACGUGCCUACACACCGCUCCCUCACUUGAUCAAAAUUUUCUCAGCUUGUUGGGAAAUGUCCAUUGAUAAUAAUAUGCACUUUUUUGAGCAUGUUUAAAUUUGAAAAGCCUGCAGUCGGUAGCGAAGGCCAAUCAUGUUUAUGAGAUAUAGAUAUGAGAUGAGAUACAGUAUGAAUGAUCUCCAGUGCCUCAUACGUUUUUCUUUUCUGCAUUUAGGCUCCCCCACCCCCUCCCUGUCUCUCACAGUAAACACAGAAUGUCUUGCAUUUAAAUAACUGGUUAUCAUUUCCACCCACAAUCACAAGACGUUGCGAGAUUAUUUUAAUCUUCUCACAUAAAGUGUUGAUUAAGACGACCCUGAGCUCUUGUGUUGCUGCAUGUGAGGUCAAGCUGGUUCAAGGGAGACGGAUUAAAAGAAAAAGUCUGUAGUUGUGAGACUUUGUUAUGGCUGUGUAGUCUCAAAAACAGUGCCGUGUUGGGAUCAUAAAGCUGCGAGUUAAAAUUAAAAGGAAUGUACUGUGUUGUAAAUGAUGCGCUGAGUGAAAUGUUACAUGUUUGUUACCUGCAUAUGAAGUUUAAUCGGAUACUGUGCUUGCCAUGAGGGUUUUACAGUGUUGAGAACAAGAAUAUAUCUCUUGCUUUAGCACAUAAUUUCAUUUCAGUGCUGUACUCCCACUAAGUUAAACACAGAGGUGACCUGUUAUUCCUGGAGAACAAUGAAAUACUUUUAUAUAUAUAUAUAUAUACUGUAUAUGUAUAGAAAAUAAAUCACCUUGAAAUGAAAACUAAAGGAAUGUAAAGCUGUUGAUUUGCACUGUUUGUACGGAAGCCCUGAGAAGCAAACAAGAAAAAAACUUAGGUUAUCAGUUUGUAUUUAGUCUGAUCUGAAUUGUUUUCUCUCCUUUGUUUAUGAAAAAAAUAUUUUUUUCUCAAUAUUUGUUGCCAUAAUACUCAUUUCGGUCAAUACAACAUUUAUGCUUCAAGUCAUAUUUAAAUCAUACGGCAGUGGUGCAUUUCAGCCUCCCAAGGAGCUUAGAAAAAUAGUGAAUAUACUUUUUUUCACCUGUUAUUAAGACAUAAACACAGAAGAGAAAACAAUGUAUAUUAGACUUAGAAAUACAUCACCAGAAAUGUUUUUUUCUCACUUGCCUCUCGGGGCUUCCGUAGUUUUGCCACAUGAGCUAAUGAAAAAAUAUGCAGUACUGUCAAUGUGUUUUUGACAGUGAGUCACCUUUUGUCGCACCCAAGCCUAUUCAAACUCCAAGCUGACUGAAUUGUUGGACUUUUUUAUUUUUACUUAUAAUUUUACUCUUUUUUUUCCUAAUAUGCCCUUUAGUAUUUUAUGAUCACAUCUAGUUUUCUAAACAUGUAUUCCUGAUAUAUCAAUGCUGUAAUCACUCUUUUUUGUGAGCUUUUUGCUCUUGUUGAAAACCAGUGUUUGUGUGAAAGGUUAAAAACGCUGUAACUGUACGAGGAGACGUCCUUUGCUGUAUUUGUAGGAGCAAAAGUAUUGAUGGUUCACAAAAAGAGAUUUCCAGAAACCUGAUUAGUUUAUUUUGUUGCAUAUCAUCAGUGCAUGUUAUAAUUUCCAUAUGCUGACAUUAACGUUGACUGGUGUUUUGUCACAGAUGCUGGGUUUUUAUUGGGGUUAUUGGAGACUGUCUUGUGAAUUCAACCAUAUGCCCCAUAGAUUUCAAAUAUUUUUUUAUUUUGUUAAGUUACAGCAUUUCGAUAAGUUGUCAUUCAACCACAAUGAAUAUUCUUUUGAUGUCAGAUCAAAUGUAUUUAAAGUGUCUUUAUUAAUUGAUUAUUUUUGUUGUUGUAAAUAAAAUAUUGACUGUU